AUGGAUAUCCUCACUCGCCUGAUUGCUGGUACUGGCUCGUACCAGACAAAACCAAGGACAAAUACACCUGCAGAGCGCCUUGCGUCUUGCAAGAGCAUCUGCAAUGCCUUGACGCACACCUGGCGCAGCGGCAGCGUCGAGCGCGACGAUGAAGCCGCCGUGACCUACACGGUCAAACUCCUACAACGCCUUGAAGGCAUUCUUCACGACGAGUCGCGCAGAGCUGCACCACACUCCUGCCUACGCUAUGUCGCCUCGAGUCAAACGUACAUCAUAAUCACCAAGCUCGCCGUUUCCUCUGCCAACACUGAAAUUAUCAAAUCCUCUGCACAGUUCUUCCAUAUCCUCAUCAAUGGCGAGGCCGAAGGGUUGCUGGACAGCAAACUGUUCACGAGGUCUUUAUUAGAUCUGGUGUGCUUUGCUACAAUAGGUGGAAGAAUUAUCGUCGAAGAACGUCUAGAAACAGACCUGGUGGAACUACUAUUUGAGAUUGCUACCAAGAUCAGGCUGGACCCAGACAUCCUUCCAGCUUGGUUCUAUCCGGAUCGAGAAGCAACACGAGGCCGCAAUGUUGCUGAUGACUCUAGGAGAAGUCAAUUCCCGCUGUUCCAUGUUCUGGUCCAGUAUGUCCACCAUGAUGGGCCGGUGGGCGACUUUGCCCGCACGGCGCUGUUGUACCUGACGGAAACCGCCUCCAGAUUCAAACCCUUGGAAACAUGGAUGAUUGAGAGUGACCUGGCGCCUCAGAUGGCUAGUGGUCUUGGUGCCCUAUACAGCCGGCUCAGCAGACAAUCGACUCCUCUUAGCGGGCAGGCUGCCGCACCUCCCAUUGUCUGCCUAUCAGACCGCUCGGAAACGCUGGCCCCGCUCACGGCGGUGUCGCAUGUCCUUCAGCAAGACAUCAAGGCCUUCUUCACUUAUCUGGCAUUCUGGCAGGACACCCUGAACCAUUGCAAGUCAGCAGAGGUCAGCGACACCUUGCUUGAUCAUUUUCAGGUGCUCUUUGUCCAACAGCUCCUUUACCCUUCGCUCUUGGAGUCAUCAGAUGUCGAGGGUGGCUCUACCGCCGCGGUUAUAACGCACCUUUCCCGGAUUCUACUUGCGCUUGAUCACCGUCAACUCGUGGAUCGUAUCUUGCGCUACCUUUUAGCGUCUCCAAACAUGCCUCGCGGACCGCGAGAAAAGAGCCAUCGAAGACAGAGAAUGUCUGUCAGCAGGCGGAAGUCAAUUGAUCACUUGAGAGCCCUUUCAGAAAUCGCCGAUAGCCCUUCCCCGAACCUUUUCAAUCUCCUCGACUUGAUGGUAAUGAGCCUCAGAUCUCGUCACCCGGAAACCGUCAAUGCUUGUCUCAAGCUCUUAUCAGUCACUAUCGAGAAUCACCACUGCCAUGUUCUGACAAGUCUUUUCAGGCUCGAACCGACUACUGUGUCUCCUGGCCAACGCGGAGUCGAACGUUUGAAUAGCUCCUUGCUCAAAUUGUUCGAUUAUGCUGCAGUUAUAGCCAAAAACUCCGAAAUGGACGACUCAUACCGGGCGGCAUUGUUGGACGAGCAGAUCCUACUGGAGCAGCACAGCUGCCUCAGAAUGAAUCAAGCGGACACAGACGAAAUGGACGAACGAGACAUGUCUAUUGCCCAGGACUGCAAGCUCUUUGAAGCUCUCCUCACACUGCUACGAAGCUUUUUCGCAAAUGACACCGUCACGAAUCUUUAUCUGACUGAGGCCAUCAUGGCGUUGGCUGCCUGUGAACACAUGGAUCUGCAGGGGUGGCUUUUGUGCCCAGGGAAGGAGACAAAUAGUGAAGACAGCUCUGCAUUCAACAUUACUUUCAUCAUUGGCGAACUCAUCGAGCAAGUUCGUCAAUGGCGCUCACAGUUUCCCGAAUGGGAUGAACUUAUCUUCCGAAGAAGACUGGAACUGUCGGAUGAUGACCCGCUCACCAGCCCUCAAAACUCAAGGACUUUGUCGUGGCAGGCGAAAGAAACUGAUUCAAGUCUAAGAAGCGUCUCGCCUUCCAUUGGGAAGUCUCAAUCACGGCCAGCAACUCCGAGAGGGCGAAAGAUAACAACUAGGGAGUUCGGAUCUAUCGACAGUGCCUUGUCUAGGUCUGGAGCGCAUCGGAGCAGUCUGACCGAGCGCACUCUCGGUCAUUCACCCCUACGGCAAUCAGUACCGGCAGAACCUGAAGAGAACGACGAUUCAGAUCAGCAACCGGCAUCGUUGCUGCCACCACCACCAACCGUGCUUCUCAAAACGCAAGUUCCGCUAUCUAAUUUCAGGGCACCGGAAGAGGCUUCUGAAUCCUUACCCGUACACGCUGGUCGCAAACAAACUUCCAGCCCUACUGGUGUCCGACAUCCCAUGUUGCAUACAAGUGGUGAUUCCGGAACUGUAACUCCAAGCGGUCAAGAUGACUGCUCGUCGAGCCAGAGGAACCAAGUCAGUCUCAGUCAUAUAUUGACCAACGCCAUUAUUCUUCAGGAGUUUAUUCUCGAGAUUGCAGCAGUUGUGCAGUUGCGGGCGACGUUCUUUGGCGAGGUUGACUUUACCACAAAAGUCUCGGAUUAG